AUGUCCGAGGACGCCGACAAGGCCGUCCUGAUCACAGAGGACGUCUCACUACCCACCGCCGACAAGCCCAAGUCCAAGGUGGUCAAGGGAGCCAAGCCCAAGAAGGCUGCACCCGGCGCCGACGCGACCUUCACGUACGGCGAGAUUGUGCUCGCGCGCCUCCGUGGAUACCCAGCCUGGCCUGCGAGGAUUACCAACCCCGACGACCUCCCUGCCAACGUUCUCGCCCAGCGCCCAAAGAGCUCGCAGGUGUACUGCACUCAAUUUUUCCCCGUUGGCGACUUCUCCUGGCUCCCUCCCAAGGAUGUUCAGUCUCUGCCAAAGCAUCAGAUCGAGGCCUUCUUGAGCGAGACCCACCGCAAGGCGUCGGGUGCCCUUCGUGAAGCGUACAAGACGGCGCUGGACCCCACCGAGUGGGACGCCCAGCAGGCCGACAAGCGCCGCGCACUCGAAGAAGCCGACGACGCCGACGACGAUGUCGACGAGCUCGAGGAGGAGGGAGACGAGCCCAAGGGCAAGAGGAAGCGCGCUUCUGCUCCCGUGAAGAAGGACUCGAAGAAGGCCAAGACGGCCAAGAAGGCUGCUAGUGAGGAGAAGCCCAAGGCCAAGGCCGAGAAGCCCAAGGCGCAGAAGAAGGAGAGCGGCUCCGAGCCCGCGCCUAAUGCUGAUGACUCCGCAUCCCCCCAAUCUGUCAAGGUCCGGGACUGGCGACACAAGCUGCAGCGCGCGUUCCUCACCAAGGGCAAGCCCCUGCCCGAGGCGUCAGAGAUGGACUCUUGGGACGAGCUCUUCAAGACGAUUGAGGAGGCCAACGACAUUUCCGUGGAUGCCAUCCUCUACUCCAAGAUUGACAAGGUUAUGAAGAUGAUUGCCGCCCUCGACAAUGUCGCCCGCAACGAGGAGCUCAAGAUUACGGAGCGUGCAGACAAGCUCUACAAUGACUGGACCGCGCUCAAGAAGUCGGCCGAGUCUGGGACCAAGCCCGAGACGAACGGCUCGACCGAGGAGAAGGCUGCUGAUGCGCAGGAGGCCUCUGCUCCUGCCGCCGCCGAGGCGCCCGAAGCCGCUGCGGCCGCCGCUGCGGCCGCACCCGAGGCUGCUGACGAGUCCAAGGCUGAGGCCUAGGUACCGCACUGUGCGAGAGAGCCGUCCAACGCGUAGGGCUGGGCACAUGGUGCCAACCAAGCAAUAGUUGAGCCCGGGCGCGCCAUGUCGACGCCGAGAUGAUAUGCGUAGUAGACGCAGGAGAAGACGAGCUGUAUGCAACGCAUCAGCAGCCGCGCGGGUAUGAGUGGCAGUGGCAGUGUCAAGCCGCGCUGGUGCCAGUGUCAAGUCUGAACUGUAUGAUGCCAUGCAUGGGGGAGAGAACUGGACGAGAAACUAGGCCGCACUACUACUGCUUCUUCGCGGCGUCGGCCUCGACUUCGGCCACCUUCUCUGCAGCGACCUCAGCGGCGGCCUCCGCAGCGACCUCGGCAGCGACCUCAGCGUCCUCGACGGCAGCCUGAGCCGCGAUCUCGGCAGCGACCUCGGCCUUGGCAGCCUCGAUGAGCUCAGGCUUGACCUUCUUGGCCUUCUUGGUCCGCUUGGGCCUCAUGAGCGACUGAAGGCUGGGCACGGGGGCCGAGCCGUCAAUGGCGGCAGACGCAGCGAGGACGUCGUGGUGGGGCUCGGCGGGACCCAGCUCGGGGCCACCAGCGGCGAUGAGGGCGAGACGGCGCUCGUUGAGGACGUACUUGAUGCGGGCCAUGGUUUUGCGGCACUGGGGCGUUAGUCAGCGAGCGCAGCGAGCUCGCUGGGGGUGCGAUGCGGGACGUGACGCCUCAGUCGACAGCUGCCGCUGCCGAGCCACACCACACCACACCCCUCACACACAACCCACCCGAUAUCCGCGCUUGGUCAACA